AUGUUAACACCCUUAAUCACUCGUCACGAUAUUGAAAUUCAUCAUGCAAUUUCUACCGUCACUUCCGAUGGUACGGUACCGUUGCUAAUAAAUAACUUGUCCCACAAAACCCUUCAUUUGAAUAAGGGAAUGAAAAUUGCUCAAAUUGAACCGGAAAUCGAUGUUCAGACGGAGGAAAAUAUUACGGACAAGCGAAGAAGGGAACUAAAAAUAGAGGAUUUUGAUUUAACUAAUGUUCCUUUAGAGGUGAAGAAAAAACUAACUGACUUGAUAUUCGAAUACGCGGAUAUUUUUAGUACUUCACUGAAGACAAUCGGCAAAUGUACGCUGGAGGCUCCGCCUAUAGAAAUAACUGAUCCCACUCCAAUACAAUGCCGACCAUUCCCAGUUCCAGUCGCUUUACGUGAUACUUUGAAAAAACAAAUUAAAGAGUUAGAAGACGCGAAAAUAUUGGAGAAAUCAAAAAGUAGAUUUUCGUUUCCACUAAUUUUAGUUAAGAAAAAAGAGCAAGGCGAGUAUCGUUUAGUCAUUGACUACCGGAAACUAAACCAAAUUACGGUUUCCUCCACAUAUAGAUUGCCUUUAAUAUCGGAUAUUCUCAAUUCUCUUCGCGGAGCAAACUUUUACAGUACAUUAGACGCUAAUUCAUCCUUUCACCAAAUUAAAUUGCGUGAUGAAGAUAAGCAUCUAACAGCAUUCUCGAGUCCGUAUGGAAACUUUCAGUAUAAAUAUCUUUCAUUUGGAAUGAAAAAUUCUCCUCAAAUUUGGCAAGAGAUAGCAGAUAAGGUGCUAAAUGGUUUACAAGAGGAAAACAUUUCAGUCUACAUUGAUGAUAUCAUAGUACCCGCUAGUACAAUUUCAGAUUCUUUGCGAAAACUAGAGUUGGUCUUUGAACGUUUCCGUCAAUACGGUCUUGCCCUAAAUCCAAAGAAAUGCAAAUUUCUUCAACCUAGCAUACGAUAUCUAGGCCAUGUAGUUGAUAAGGACAUCAUAAAACCUCUCCCCCAAAAUAUCGAAUCGAUUAAGCAUUUUCCAAUACCAAAUACAGUACGAAAACUGCGACGCUUUCUUGGAUUAGCGAAUUACUAUCGUGAUUUUAUUCACAACUUUUCUGAAAUUGUUGUUCCUUUAACGGAUCUCACGAAAUCAACACGGAAGUUUAAAUGGACUUUUGAGGCACAAAUCGCGUUUGACAAAAUUAGAGAAAGACUCUUAUCGGAUGUUAUGUUGGCACACCCCAAUUUUGACGCCUUAUUUUACUUAAACACCGAUGCCAUCCGAGGACUUGUAUCUCUUUUAAAACUUUUUGCUGCAAUUUUUAUUUUUAUAUUCAAAUUCAUUAGGGCGAUUUUUAGAAUUUGCCUAUUAUGUGGUGCUCUUAUUGGCUCAAAAUUUCACGAACACUUUCAUACCUUAUAUGCACAUUUGGAGGAGCACGCCCCCGCAGCGAGACCUAACGUCUCUUUACUCGUCAUCUUUUCUUUACUCGCCGUGGUUACUGCAGACUGCACCAGUCAUUCGAUUGUAGUUUCCAACAUCGAAAACUGCAAAUCCUUGGAUGACCAACAACUAUGCAAACUCUCUACUACAGCAGCUGUGACAUUAAAAUCCCUCAAUUACGAAACGUGCCUUUGGUUUCAAGAUAAACAAAAAAAGAACUUAUUCAGUUUAAAAAUAAAACUGAUAUCGGCACAGUGCUCAUUUUCAUCCAAGAGGGAAUAUUUUACAUUUCCUGUCCAGGCACGAACAAUUUCGCAAUUAGCUUGUCCCCAAAAUUAUUACUGUGCAUGGGGCGAACACUGUAAAGCGGGGAAAGAUUUUGCCGCCUUAACAGAGGAAAGCCUUAGCUACCCUGGAGCUAACUUUUGCCAUCCUUCCAGUGUUGGCAGCGGCUGUACCAUUAUCUCUCGAAUGGGAUGUCUUUUUUACCGCGUGUACUACAUCCCGGACCUCCUUCAUUCCUACGAGGUCCGUACCAUUUCGGGACACCGCUGUUCUUACACGAUUUCAGUGGAGUGAUCGUUCAACAAUUCAGUCGAAUUAUUGACUCUGCGUUCAACCGCCCACACGUCAGAUGGCAUUCACAUGGAAGUCCAAGGGGCCUUACACCAACCUCAACUGCACCUGAGUGAGUCUCUAGUACUUAGAGUAGGAGACACAUCCGAAGCCUACCUAGUGCCAACAAGCCCACGAAAUAUGCCUAUAGCAGGUUUGAUAGGACAAGUGCAGGCAAACGUCAGUUAUUCUACUGAUUUCCUCACGGCUCCAUCGCUCACAGAGUGCGACUUCUUUGAAACAACUCUACGUUGCCAAAAUAAACCUGAUUACCUGCAGGUUCUCUACACUACAAAGGAUAGGGCCUUGCCAAUUGCUCGCUCUAUGCAUCUCCUUUCAAUGCAGAAAGGACAAUUAACGUCCAAUUUAUUAUCAACCGCACCCUUAAUUGUGCACUUGCAUUUCACGGACUACAAAAUUCUCCUGCAGACUUCAGAUGUGUGUUCAAAAUUGUCAGACGACAAAGUAAACACAAAAGGUUGCUAUCAGUGUAACAUUUUAAGUGAACUGUCCAUUACCGCCCACUCAACGUGCCAGAAAGGAACGGUCACUGUAGAAUUUCAAAUUCUUACUCUUUUUACACAGACUUUAAUUUUGGAAACUGAGCCAAAGGAAUUCAUUAUAAAGUUUCAAGCCAUGGUUCAAUGUUAUGACGAAAAAAUUUGUCUCGUAUCUCACAACAUGAAAACCUGUAAACUGGUUUCUUUUUGUCUUAACGAACCAAGCAUUGAACUAAUUAAAUUUAAUACCUCUUAUACAACUUCAAUUCUUCAUGAGGAUUCCUUGGGCUCAGGAUUUUUUAAUUUGUUUACCAUGCCGACUUUAAAUGGCAUUUUUUUUUCAAUGAAAAUGCUUGGAGCAUUUCUUUUAAUCAUUUGUCUUAGUAUAACUGUGUUCUCAACUUGUUUAACGUGUUGCCGUAAAUAGUGCUACUAUAUUAUAUUUAUUUAUUUAUUUAUUUUUAAUUUUAUUUAUUUAUUUAUUUAUUUUUUUUUUAAACCUUUCCCUUGGAUGGAAUUUGUUUGUGUGUUUUAUAAUUGUACAAGUUUUAUUUAUGUCAUUAUGUGCAUUUUAUCUUUUCACUAUUCAUUACAAUUGUUUCACCCAUUCUGAUGUACAUAGCUGAUGGAGUUCCGCCACCUUUUUUUGUUUUACCUUGUGUCAACGAUUGUUUUUUUUUUUUUUUACCUUUUUUUUUCCAUGGUUAUUGCGGAGAUGUCACGACGCUCAUUAAGCAUUUAUGAAAAUGGAAUCAUUUAACUUUAAAAACACGUAAGGGAACUUGCAUCUUUCAUUCCCAUUCCGGAAUGUUCCCUCUAUUUGGUCUUGAUAAGAUUAAACUCGUAACCUUCGGAAGCUCAUGUAAUUCACGUGCUGGGAAAGUCACGUAGAACUUUCUAAUCAAUUAAGGAAUGUUUGGAUUAUAUACGCGUGUAACUCGCCGCACCCUACACGUAAUCAAGGCGAAGUUGAAAGUUCGGGAAAGAUUGAGCGUGACACCAUUAUAACGACCAGUGGUAAAAGUCCCAACU